ACAGCCUUCUUUCCUUUCCUUUCCUUUUCAUUCUGGUCUAUAUUUUCUCUCUCUCCCCUUUUCCCACCAUUAAUGGCUACGUCUUCGAGAACUAAAUCAAGCGGACCUGUGCUUCGCUCCGGCUCGCCCUCGAGCAGAUUUUGCUCAUAUUCCACGUCCAACACUCGUUUUUCUUCCCCUUCAUCCGCUUUCGCUUCCUCUACCAGUUCUAGCUUUUCGUCCCCAUCUUCCACCUUCUUCAAUCAGACCCACCGUCAACAGCAUCACUCCCAACAUCGAUCGGCUUCUCCUACUCGUGUCAAUCUCUAUACCUCCACCCCUCCUUCGUCUGCCGUCCGAUUCUCUAUUGACCACCGUUCCGUCUCUCCCAACAGAUCUUUCUCCAGACAGGUCAUCGCUAAGAAGAAUCACCCCAUUUCGGUUCAGAAGAGAUCCUGUAUGUGCUCGCCGACCACCCAUCCCGGUUCGUUCCGUUGCAGCCUUCACAAGGGCAUGGCCAGCAAUAGCGGGAGCCAUCACACAGAUUCAUACUCGCCCAACCGGCUGAAUAUGCGCAGAUCAGCGAUGAAGAACUCUCUUGUGAGAAUCGGAGGAGUAGAAGGCGAGUGGGUCAAAAGGGCGCUGACCGCUUUGAUCCGGCCUUCUUCGCAUCAGCAGAGGAGGAGAGCGGCGUUUGAGCCCAGUCCAAGUCGUCUCUCAAUAAUGUCCAGGGCUGAGGAUCUCUGAUUGUUUUUCUUUACAGGUUCUUUCUUGCCUUGCCAGGGUUGUGGAAUUAUCUGGCUUCGCAAUACGCGAUCUGAGCCAGGAUCCGGCGAGGAGGCUGUUAGAUCGCGAUAGCUUUUUGCGUGUCAUCUCCGGCGAGUUUUGAUUUCGUCGACUGGAGUCGUUGUGGGUCGAUAGGGUUAAAGUGCAGAACAUCAUUGCAGACGGGAGCCGAUGUAGAGUCGUCACCGGGAACCAUGAAAGAUUCCGGCACGGAUCUAUGAGACUGGAUCCGGAGAAUUCCUUAUUGUACAUGCUAUUUGCUAAGGAAGGAGAUCUUGGGACAUAAUUUUUCGCCAAAUCAAAUCUAAACACUUGAAUUAACGUCACAGGCUAAAUUUGGAUGAUUCCAAUCGUAUUAAAAUUAAAACUAUGGUCUUAAGGGAUUGCUUCACUGUGAAAACUGUAUCGACUAACUGCGCAAACCAUCCCGUUCUAUGCAGCGGUGUGGAUCUGUUAUGCUUGCCGUCACCGGCCCCGUCUCGUGUGAUGGUUCCGUCGUUCUUAAGUCCUAACCCGUAGGGCGGUCCCGUCAUCCGUGCCGCCGCCGACUCCGUUAUGCCUCGUCAGGGGGGCUUGCGUUGCGUAUGGUGCUAGGUAUAUUCGUUUCCCUUUUUC